UACACACACACAUCAUGCAGUUCGUGCAUGCAGUAUUGAAGUAAACUCUUUGAAAGAGUUAUGCUGCCGGCCUUUUAAUCAACUUUUAUGAGCUGAUAAAUAGACAUCUCUAGAGGUUUUAUUGGAGAGAAGAUUCAAAAGUUGGACCCAACAUGAGCGGCCGACGGAACCGAGGAGGUCCCCACAAAACAGAGCCAGCUACCGAUCUCACAAGAUGGCGCCUCUCUAAUGUCGAUGGACGGCAGACGUGGCGCUUCAUCGAGGAGGGUGAACCAGUGGACAGAGAGCAAAACUUUGUUGAGAAGUUUAGCUUGGGCUUAGACAUUAGUGAGGAGGCGCCACCCUUGGCCAAACCAGCCACAGCCCAUAAAGCAGCGACUAAUGGCAUGCUGUUUUACUCCAAGCUUCAAACAGAAGAUGGCCACUGGAGUGGGGACUAUGGGGGGCCUCUCUUCCUUAUGCCAGGUCUACUUAUAGUCUGCUACAUCACAAAGACUGAACUACCAGAUGCAGUUAAGAAGGAGAUGGUCCGGUACCUGCGCUCUGUUCAGUGUCAAGAUGGCGGAUGGGGUUUACAUGUUGAAGGCCCGCCUACGGUCUUUGGUUGCGCAACCAACUAUGUCGCUAUGAGACUCCUUGGUAUUGGUCCGGAAGAUCCAGACCUGAUGAAAUGUAGGAAGCUUCUUCAUUCCUUAGGAGGCGCUGCCGCUAUACCUUCUUGGGGCAAGUUCUGGCUGUCGGUUCUGAAUGUUUAUCAGUGGGAUGGAAUGCACACCCUCUUUCCUGAGCUCUGGAAUUUUCCAACGUAUACUCCCGCUCAUCCUUCUACCAUCUGGUGCCAUUGCAGACAGGUUUACCUGCCGAUGAGUUACUGCUAUGGGAUCAAAUUCCAGGCUGAACCAGAUGACUUGAUCAUGGAUCUCAGGAUGGAGCUUUAUGUGGAGGACUAUUACACCAUCAAUUGGCCAGCACAGCGAAGCAACAUAGCACAAAUGGACUUGUACACGCCCCAUAGUUGGCUGUAUAACUUAGCAUUCGGGUGCCUAGAUAUAUAUGAGAAGUACCACAGUACUAAAUGGCGGCAGAGUGCGCUAGACGAGUGCCUUGACCACAUCAAAGCUGACGAUGAGUUCACUCAAUGCAUCAGUAUCGGACCUAUCUCUAAAGUGAUCAACAUGUUGGUGCGAUGGAUGACAGACGGACCGGACUCGGCCAUCUUCAAACAACAUGUUGAGCGUAUUCCUGAUUAUUUGUGGAUCGGUUUGGAUGGAAUGAAAAUGCAGGGCACCAAUGGCUCCCAGUUGUGGGACACGGCAUUUGCUGCCCAAGCCUUCCUAGAGGGAGGGGCUGCAAAGAACGAGUCACUCCAUGAAUGCCUUCAAAGGACUCACGAUUUCUUCAAACUCACCCAGAUCCCAGAAAACCCACCAAAUUAUCAGAAGUACUACAGGCAGAUGAACAAGGGUGGGUACCCAUUCAGCACACGUGACUGCGGUUGGAUCGUUGCUGAUUGUACUGCAGAGGGACUCAAGUCUGCGCUGAUGAUUGAACAGCGAUGUCCAUUUCUCAAGGACCACAUCACACAAGAAAGACACCAAGAAGCUGUGGAUGUUAUGCUGAACAUGCGAAAUAGCGACGGCGGAUUUGCAACGUACGAGACCAUGCGAGGGGGCGUAAUUCUUGAGAAACUUAAUCCAUCAGAAGUCUUUGGUGACAUCAUGAUAGACUACACCUACGUAGAACUUACCUCGGCUGUUUUGCAAUCACUCAAGAAGUUCAGUGACAUUUAUCCCGAUUAUCGCCAAGCGGAAAUCCGAGCUACACUGGACCGUGGGCUGUUGUACAUCGCUGAUAAACAGAAGCGGGAUGGAUCAUGGGAAGGUUCCUGGGGUGUUUGCUUCACUUAUGCCGCCUGGUUUGGUCUGGAAGCCUACGCCUGCAUGGGAUACAGCUACAAAACAUCGACAGCAUCCAGCGAGGUAAAGAGGGCGUGUGCUUUCCUCCUCUCUCGUCAGAUGGAAGACGGAGGAUGGGGAGAGGAGUUUGAAUCUUGUGAAGAACGUCGCUACAUCCAGAGUAAAACCUCGCAGGUUGUCAACACGGCAUGGUCUGUACUGGCACUCAUGGCUGUCAGAUUUCCAGAGCGUGAAGUCAUCGAUCGAGGCAUUCGGGUCAUCAGAGACAGGCAGCUGCCGAACGGGGAUUGGGCUCAGGAGAGUAUAAAAGGCGUGUUCAACAAGUCAUGUGCAAUCAGCUACACCAGCUACCGCAACCUGUUCCCAAUAUGGGCUCUGGGUCGAUAUGCAAGGAUCUACGGUGACGAUGCAUAGAGGUAUAGGGAUGUACAAUCAUGUACCCUUAGCCAAAGCUAUGGCUGUUAAGAAAUCA